GGUCGUUAUUGCCCGCUAAAAUACAAAUACUAACUUUUUGACACUGAACAUUAAAAGCUGGUAUUCCACUUCUGAACGGUGAGAUCAUACGACUUUUUUAAAGCAUGGUGAUACAAUGGACUAUAGAGAAUCUUCCUAACGCAUUCGCUUUGAAAUCGGAUGAAAUUUAAGAGAUAAUUUAGACAAGUUUGUUGGCUGUCUUGGUGGAAGUUGAUCAGACUGUCAGCCAUGGACAAUAGAGCAGACGACGAUCUAAUCGUUGCUUCACGUCGACUAGUAUUUCGUGGUAUUGAGUAUGUUGUUACACUAGUAGUUAAUAAGGAGGAGAAUCAGUUUUCUCUGGAGGUAGAAGAUCGACUCACUGCAGACCAAUGGAGAGGGCAGUUUGAUGCCAAAUAUAUUGAGGAUCUCACACACAAGACUGGGAACUUCAAGCAGUUCUCGAUAUUUGUGAACAUGCUGGAAUCAGCAUUGACAAAGGGUAGUCAUGCGGUAAUGCUAGACCUGUUAACAUACAGUGAUCUUGAGGUGCUCAGGAAUAAAAGAACUCAGAAGCCAGGUUCUGGAACCCAACACAUUCCUCCUGCUAAAACCAACUCCAACCUGCAUUCCAAGAGAUAUUUAAUUUUGACUUAUUCAGUAGAAUUUGAUAGGAUUCAUUAUCCAUUACCUUUACCUUAUGUCGGUAAGCCUGACCCAGUCCAACUGCAAGAGACAAUCAGGAGACUGAAUGAAGAAAACAAGGCCUUGAGAGAUCAGUUGAUGAAAAAUUCAAGAAAUGGUGUGAACCUUCACUUACAAAAAGAGGUUGAAAAAGCUAUAACUGAAAGAGAUGAAAUUCAAGCACAAUUUGAAAUAUUCAAAAGAGAAAUUAAACACGCGGAAAAAGCAAAUACGGCUAAAGAAAUCCGAGUACUGAAAAAAGUGGUCCAAAAUCUGGAGAGUGACCUGAUGAAGGAGAAAAGCAAGUAUCAAAGGACUUUGAAUAAAAAGACUCAGGAAUAUCGAGGUGUCGUUGAUGAGUUAGAGGAGGUGCGUGCAAGUGAACGAAACCUUCGCGCAAGAUGUCGAAGUUUAACCAAURAAUUAGCAGUGUAUAAAAGAGGGUCCCGAGCUUCUCCAGCUUCAAGUAGCAUUUCGAUAAAGAGAAGUGCAUCUCGGAAUUCCCAAUCACGUGAUCGUCGUUCUACUUCACGUGAUCGUCGCUCUACUUCGCGGGAUCCUCGUUCUACUUCGCGGGAUCGUUUAUCAGACAUGCAGAAUCGACGAUCGACUUCACUUGAACGUCGAUCUGCUUCACGAGAUCGAAUAACGUCGACGCGGAGACGGAUACCUUCUCCCGCAGGUACUGGUUUCCUAGGUCCUCGUCCACCACGAUUUGACCCAACAGCAUACGUGAAAGAAAAACAGCGUAAARUAACAGAAGCUGAAGAAAUGCGAGGACGGAGGAGAACAAGGUCRAAUGGGUCCCUGACGCGAGGCCGUUCAAGGUCCCUGUCCACAGAGCGUACCUCCAGAUUGGUACCAUCAGCAGAUAAAGGACUCAAAAAAGGGUUACAGAGAACCUCCUCGAUCGGGAGCCUGGGCAGCAGACGGUCGUCCCAGUCUUCUAUUGACGGUGCGCUGUCAGAUCAUUCCAACAGUUCAAGACGGAAAAGAACAACGAAAACAAAGAAGAAACAGCAACCUUCAGGAAAGGAAAACAGAAAGACUCACGUCUUGUCCAGCCCGGAAGCCUCGGAUGUGGGGAGCUACAAAGACCUACGGAUAACCAAUGCAUUAUAUUCCAGUACACCAGAGAAUGGUAGAACUCACUCUCGCACGAAGACAAAGCAUCGUCACACGAAAUCUAGUCGUUUACCGCCACGCGAAAUCGAAGAUUCUUUCAACCGUUCUGCAGAGAUGAUGGAGAUUGACGCACGUCUAAACGCAUUGCAGCACUUCAUGAAAGCCAAUUUACAGUAAUAGGAUGUAACCAAUCACAAACACCCACACAGACCACGUGAUUAACUGAUCCCAACAUCACUCUUGUAUAAUAAAUCCGCCAAUAGCACACCAUAUUCAAAUCUUUAGGAGACGGGUGGGAGACUGGUACUAAUGGUCAUGGAAAUGAGGCUGGUUGUCUUUCCCUUAUAAGGCAUUACAUUUCUGUUACGGAUCUAUUUUAUUCUGGUCAUUUUCUAUGUACAAAACAACAACAACAACAACAACAAAAACAACACACAAAUGAUAACUUACUUUAGUUUUCUCUUUUUGGACCCCUUCCAGGACGUCGGAAUGCCGUUCAAUUUGGAGGACAUAACAUUAGGUUUCCAAUUCUCAGGAGAUUGAAAUUCUUUCGUUUUGUCCUCCAAAUUCAGCUGAUUUGUCGUCACAUGCAAGGGGUCUCUUACACUGUUUUUCACACUCUGGGACGACUGGCCUCUUUUUCAAGUUCAUUACUGUCAUUACCUCCCAUCAGCUUUUACAGAAAUGAAUAUGAUAUAUAACCAUGUAGUUUAAUUUAAAAUAAUACCAGCGUUAUUAUUCCUAUUACAAACAGUUUCAACAUAUUUUCAUUUUUUUAACGAAAAAUUAUUUUAAUACAUAUAAAUUGUUUUUAAUUGACCAAAACCCAUCUAUAUUUUACUGUAGUAUUAUAAAGUCUUUGUACAUAUCUGGUUUACUUUUAUAUAUCA